UUUCUGACAGGACAUUUGAGUGAUGACUGUUUUCAAUAGAUUUUGAUAAAUAUGUUUAAAUUUUAUUUUUAUUAGUUAUUUCUUUAAACUUAAUGCAAAACAUACUAAACAGCCUCACCACUUAAUCGAAAACCCAAUUGACAAUCCUAACUCUGUGCAUUUUAUCUUUAAAAAUUUAGUUCCAAAGAAAAACGAACCAAAAACACAAAAAUGCUCGAAGGCUAUCCCCGAAAUCGAAUGUUUAUGGUAUUGGGCAUCCUUGUAGCCUGCACCAUAAUUAUAAUCAUCAUCGAAUCAAAUAUCAGUGUGCGGGAAGAAAAUUUCCAGCCUCAAGUAGUCAUCGAAAAUAAUUCCACCUGCUGGCUACGAGAAGACUACGAAGUUAUCGAAGAAUGUCAUCCGUGUACAGAAUUCGAGGUGGUUAGCAAGAGUUUAGGAGUUUGCAUCAACACACAUUACAAAGAACUUCUGCGAUGUAAAAGCGGCGAAAUCGUCACUCGGAGUUGUGAUCAUGUGGCGGCAAUCGAACGAAGAAACCUCAUUAUUUUUACAGUCGUUUGUGGUGCUAUUGGAUUUAUAUUCUACUUGCUUGUCUGUUGGAGGGAAAGGGUUCUCUAUAGACGGGUGCAGAUGAAAAUUGAAAGACAAUUAAAUCGACCACUAUUGCUUUAGAAACUCAAAAACUCUAAAUCAAGAGAGAGAGAGAAAGUCAAGAGCUUCGAUAUAGUUUAAGAAAUAGUGUUAAACACUCCAAAUGAACUCACAAAGGCACUGAAUGAAUCUUAAGGAUUUCCACUGUAUAAAGUUAUUCAAUUUUUAAAAUAAAAUUAUUUAUAUCAAAGAUAAAAGCUUAAA